AAGCAGUGUGACAGACAGCUGACAAUAGCCGCAUCUAAUUAAACUUUAAACUCCGCUCGCAAUUGUCCGCCACUUCUGUCCACCCCCCGAACAUACACAGCCGCCCACCGACCUCAAGAAAACCAACGAUCGCAAGAUGCGGGACGUCCUCCAAACAGAAGAACUCCAGGUCCCUGAGGGUGUUACCAUUGAAAUCAAGUCACGCGUUAUCAAAGUCACUGGCUCACGGGGUACCCUUACGAAGAAUGUCCGUCACGUUGAUAUGGAUAUUCGGGUUUUGAAGACCAAGAAGAGCAGCAAGGUUACUCUUGCAGUGUGGCAAGGUGGGCGCAAGCACGUCGCAUGUCUACGGACAAUCCGAAGCUUGAUUAACAACAUGGUCAUUGGUGUGACUAAGGGCUUCCUCUACAAAAUGCGUGCUGUCUAUGCCCAUUUCCCCAUCAACGCCAUCAUCCAAGAUGGUGGAAACGCUAUCGAGAUCCGUAACUUCCUGGGAGAGAAAACUGUACGACACGUAAAGAUGCUCGGUGGAGUUUCUAUUUCAGAGUCAAAGGCUCAAAAAGACGAGCUUAUCCUGGAGGGCAAUGAUAUUGAGAACGUUUCGCAAUCAGCUGCCUCCAUUCAGGGUGCUUGCCGCGUACGGAACAAGGAUAUUCGUAAAUUUUUGGAUGGUAUCUACGUAUCCGACCGCACGACCAUCACUCAGGAGUAGGCGGGUUGUGACUUGUAAGGGAAGCUGGGCAUUAUACAAAACUCCAUGUCACGUAUGCAUUAAUCACCAUCAACCCUAUGUUCUACGCAUGACAUUCUACUAUUCAUCAAG